ACCUCUAUAUAGGAGCUAACAACCCAAGAACGAACAGUACAUUGCUACGCUUCGUACAGUGCGCACGUAUCCACAAAAACUCUCUUCAACUGUGUUCAACUCGUUAUAUAAUUUCGUUUCUCCUUUGUUUUCCUAAAUGGCUAAAUUCGUUGACAGUGAUUUCCUUUCCCCCAAUUAGUUUCGUUUCUGUGUUUGUUUUUAAAGACUUUUCAAAGUUUUCGGUCGCCUGUGCUGCAGGUUUUCAACAAUUCGCGUUGACAGUCGCAUACAUGCAUUUCUUUUCGAGCGAAUUGCUGCAAAAAAUGACCAUUACUCUUAUGUUCCGUAUCAACCCGAUCUACUACUCAGAUUACUCGGAUACGAUCUAAGAUUGUAUGUAAAGUCGUUCUCCAGAUCAUUCUGCCAUUGGCUUUACAAUUUCGAUAAUUACAAGUUUGGUGUGUACUCCAAAGAUAUUACCUGACAGCGUUUAUAAGUCAUCAUGGAUAUUGUGGCAAAUUACCACCCGGUGUUCAAGGCGUUCCUGGCCGGUUCCUUCUCCGGGACCUUCAGCACGGUGCUCCUGCAGCCCCUGGACUUGGUGAAGACUCGGCUCCAGAACCCUGGGCAGCUGGUAGCGGCGGCUAACGUCAAUGGCCGCAUCCAACCUGGCAUGAUAACAAUCUUCGCGAAUAUCGUCCGCCAAGAGCACAUCAUCGGGCUAUGGCGCGGCAUGGUGCCGUCUGUCGCCCGCUGCGUUCCCGGCGUCGGCCUUUACUUCUCGUCCCUGCACUGGCUGAAAGCCAAGAUGGGAAAGACCAGGAACCAGGACUUGGGGGCGUUGGAGGCGGUCGCUUUGGGUGUUGUUGCGAGGAGCAUGAGCGGCGUGGCGCUGAUACCUAUUACUGUGAUCAAGACGAGAUACGAAUCUGGCGUCUACAAAUAUACAAGCCUAACCGGGGCCCUGAAGGCAGUAUACAAGGCCGAAGGACUGCGAGGCCUGUCCUGCGGCCUCGGGCCCACGCUAGCGAGGGAUGCUCCAUUUUCGGGACUCUAUCUUAUGUUCUACACGCAGACCAAGCAGGCUGUUCCUAAAGAAUGGAUGCAAUCACCAAGCGCGGCCAGCGCCAUACAUUUCACGUGCGGCGUCAUAGCGGGCAUAGCGGCGUCGCUAGUAACCAAUCCUGCCGAUGUUCUCAAAACGAAGAUGCAGCUAUACCCUGAGAAGUUUCCUAAUGCGUUCACCGCAGCCCUUUACGUACAUCAGACAUAUGGGAUGAAAGGCUACUUCAAAGGUGCAGUGCCCAGAAUGCUUCGUCGUACCCUCACCGCUGCCAUGGCCUGGACAGUGUUUGAAGAGAUUACUAGAUCUAUAGGUCUCAAAUGAUACCCUAAAAAUGGUCCUAAGAGUUGAAUCUAUGGACCUUAAUCUUUUGAAUGCCAUGCGCUUGCAAAAUGAACCUUAUAGUGAAGAGCUUAGGUUGAUUUUUGAAUGUAGGAGCUGAUUGAACAGAUUUAAUUUUGAUGAAAUGAUUAUAG